UGGCCUGCCCUCGGCCUGACUCCAGCAACUACUGUUUUUGAAUGAAAAUCUUGAAAACUGCCCAUACGCAGUGAAAGAGAGAGUGUGCCCAUACGACUGGAAAUGGCUGUGGUCUCAGCCCUGGAUUCAAGCCAUCUUCUCCAUCUGUUCGCAUGUCUUGGCCGUUCCACUGACCCCCGGCCCUGUGUGCAAUAAGGGCAGACAUGCAGAGAAAGGCCAGGUGCUGGUGUCUCUCGAGAUGAGGCUACAGAGAGCAAAGCUGAACAAAGCAGCCUCUUUCAGAGGGAAAAGUGCCUGAGAAAGGUGAAAGAAUCACCUGUGUGUGGCAGUCAAGGGAAAAGGUCUGCAAGGAACAAUGGGGAGCAAGAAGAAGAUCAGUCUUCCAGCAAAGUUAAUCAAUGGAGGUGUGGCCGGGCUAGUGGGAGUGAGCUGCGUCUUCCCAAUUGAUCUGGCGAAAACCCGUCUUCAGAACCAGCAGGGACAAGGAGUCUAUACUGGAAUGCGGGAUUGCUUGGUGAAGACUCUGCGAUCAGAGGGAUUCUUUGGCAUGUACCGAGGGGCUGCGGUGAACCUGACGCUGGUCACACCUGAGAAAGCAAUCAAGUUGGCAGCCAAUGACUUUUUUCGACAGCUGCUCUCACAGGAUGGGAAGAAGUUGCCGCUGGAGAGGGAGAUGCUGGCUGGCUGCGGCGCUGGAGCCUGCCAAGUGGUGGUCACAACCCCAAUGGAGAUGCUGAAAAUUCAGCUUCAGGAUGCUGGACGACUGGUUAUUCAGCAGCAAAAGGUUUUGGGAUCAGAUGGGCCAACGGCUCCCUUCUCCCAGCCCCCUCAGGACAGGCCUUAUGCUGCUGGUCCUGCUUCAGCCUUCAAGCGCCCCUCGGCUACUGCGAUCGCCAGAGAUCUUCUGAAAACCGAGGGGCUAAUGGGACUGUACAGAGGAUUGGGAGUCACUCUGCUCAGGGAUGUGCCCUUUUCCAUUAUCUAUUUCCCACUGUUUGCCAACAUCAACGCAUUGGGACAGAGGCACUCUGAGGAGAAGGCACCCUUUAUCCAUUCUUUUGUGUCUGGCUGUGUAGCGGGAUGUGUGGCUGCAGUAGCAGUGACCCCUCUGGAUGUGUUAAAAACACGAAUUCAAACUCUCAAGAAAGGCCUAGGAGAGGACACCUAUAAUGGAAUCAUUGACUGCGCCAGGAAAAUCUGGACCCACGAGGGCCCUGCUGCAUUCAUGAAAGGGGCAGGCUGCCGCGCGCUGGUUAUAGCUCCCCUCUUUGGCAUAGCCCAGGGUGUCUAUUUUAUUGGCAUUGGUGAAUAUAUCUUAAGAUAUUUCCACUAGCACUUGUUCUUGCUAAAUCAGGCCUGGCUGAAGAUUGCACAAUUUUCCUCCUCACUUCUGCAGAAUGGGAUUUGCCAGAAAUGAACAGGACCAUGUCAUAGUAAUUUCUUUUAUGAACUACACCACCACCUUCGCCUUUCUCUGUGCAUGGGAAAUGAGCACAGGUGCUCAGUCAUAUUAUGGUGUCAUUUUUCUGCCAGUUUUAUACAGCCCCUUGAUGGUCUACAUGCUACAUUUAGCUCCUGCGCAUUUAAACAUAGGGAAGAAUGAUUUUUGUAUUCUUGUUUUUCCCAAGAUGAUAUAAUAGCUUUUCCUUUGAAUGGCUGUAAGGCAGUAGUAGUAUUCAUGCAGGUUUUUUUUUAUAGAGUUGAUAUCAAAGAUUGCUUGAGAUCACAGGCUGCUGUAGGGCAAAGAAUCUGAGACUCAGCUCUCACCAGUUUGCCCAUAUAUGAUCUGUAGUCUCUUGUCCAGUAUUCAUCUCACUUUGUUUAUAAAUGCUUCACUGUUUGCCUUGCUUGGAAGUCUAGACUUGCUGUUCCUUUCCCUAGUGUGCAAAGAAGGUAAAAAAAUUUGGACUGAGUUUCCACCCUGCUGUGGCUGUUCCUUCAAACAGAGACGGUUCAAACUCACUUGUUCCAGCAAGGAAUGUCUGCAUGUAAACAGAUGAGUCACAAAAGUUCAAAGUCAAAAGGUAUAAAUGUGAGACAAUAUUGUUCUUUCUGUGGAUGGGAAGAGCUAUGUUAGGGGUGGUGGUGGGAAGGCAGCAAAACUAGAAAGAAUUAAGGUUUAGGUGAAGUUACAUAGAAACAGACACAAACCAAAUGUCAAUGUUACAGCAAAGCAUUAAAGGUAUAAAAAUACUGUGCUAGCUGAAGGAAUCUAGCACCUGGGUGUGCCAAAACAAUUCUCCUUGCAACAGGUUAGUGUUCUGGUUCAGGGCCUGCAGGGAAGAAUGCUACUGUAAUAAGAGAUGUCCUUUGGAAAUGGAAGUAGAGGGAAUGGUAGGGAGAUAAGACACUCUAAGCCUUAGUUAAGUAUUUUUCAGGAUUCAGUACUGCCAGAUUUUCAUUGUUUGAUCUGCAAUUUGUGUAGAGGAGCUCACAUCUCUUUUUUGUAGACUUGGUAAAGUGAGAGAAAAGCCUGUAUUUCUGCCUCUGAGCCUGGGAGAUGAAGGAUAAUACUUUAUAACUUUAUCCCUGGUAAGCACAUGAUAGCACAAUGUGAAAGCCUUACUACCACUGCAAGAAAGUAGACAGUUGGCUGAAUUUCAUUUUACAGGACUAACUACAGGUCUAGAAGUCAGGAAUUGACAGGAGUGUUGUACUCGGCUUAUCACAUCAGUGUAUCUCACCCCACACUCUGUACACUAGGUAUAAUAUUUAACAUCUUCAAAGGCAUUAACUGUUAGUGUUUUAUAAAGCAGUCACUGCUAAGUAGAUAAUGCAGGAAGGAUAACUGUAUUAUUGUAAAUACAAGAUACACACUGCUAGCAACAAGAAAGACCUGGUAAUAGCAGCUGCGGAUCUACUUCCAUUGAGACCAGCCCAUGCAAGUGAUGAAGUAUAGUUGCUUAAAGAGUUAGGCUAUGUCUACACUGGCCAGUCUUGAGCAAGAACAUAUAUAUGCAAAUGAGGUGCAGUGAUGAAUAUUGCUGUGCCUCAUUUGCAUACUUAAUGAGCCAUCAUUUUUGCACAAGGGGCUUUUGUGCAAGAAGGAGCAGUCUACACUACUCCUUUUUUUCCAGGCAGAACGGCUCUUGCAGAAGAGGGGUUUUUUCUGCAAGAAGGAGCAGUGUAGACUUGUGUAAAAGCCCCUUGCAGAAAAAUGGCGGCUCACUGACAUAUGUUCUUGUGCAAGACUGGCCAGUGUAGACUUAGCCUAAAAGUUUGAACUUACUGGAAGGAGGCAGGAGAACCUCUGACCAAAGAGGCUGAUGCAUUUACAGGUAGUAAGCCAUUCUUAACAGCUGUCCUACUAAUUCUGUCCUUGCUCAGUGCCAGAAGGGGAGCUACUGCCUCACUUCUAGGAAGGGGAAGAAAGGAGGCUGGUCCUAGAUUCCCUUAUUCAGAAUAUUAACUUAAAUGAUAACAAGGCUCAUAUACUGAUAGAACUUUUCCAUCAGUUCAACUAGCCAUAAUAACAAUGAUGUGAGACCAAGAUUUUUAUUUUAAACGCACCACGAGCCACUCAAAACAAACUAUUAGUAAAUGUCACCACAUGUACCACCAGUUCUCCCUGGACAGAGUUGUUCUGUGCACAUUUUCUCUCUGGUUCUUCUGGGAAAACAAACUCUGGUCUAAUGAGCUCAGUUGUUUACUCCGUCCAAGCUCUACUUAAGGAAGGUGGAGACCUCAGCAUGCCAGAGAAUCCAGCUGUUGGACAGUCUCCACUCUGACUAGAAGUCAAUAUUUUAGCUUACUCACUAAAUGGUGUAUUAUGCAGCCAAUACUAUGUUCAUAUGUGCAUUUUAAUUUUUCUACUACCCAUUAAACUACUACCAAAAAGCUAAUUCUUCAGUAUUGCUUAUAAAUAUUUGUUGCUUAGUGCUAAUUUGUGAUAACUGGACUGAUCACAGGAACACUGUAUUAAAGACACUUAAUAUCUUUCGCGUAUAAAGUUCACUGCACACAAAACAGGUUAUGCAGGUGUCAGGGAGCAAGCCCCCCCCUCCCCCGUGCCUCAGUGCCCCCUGACUGUCCUCAUCUAGCCCCUCUCAGGGCAAGUUACAGUCUGUAUGGGUUGCUCAUCAUUGGCAUUGUCUGUCUCAACUAUCUUGUUUACCAAGCCGGCAUCAUGAUCCAGCUACAAAUGCGGGGUCUUGUCUCCGGCCCCUCUCCAGGGGAAGUCUUGGCUGGCCAUCUCCCCCGCCCAUCUCUCCCUCCUAGGAGCUCCAGCUUCUUCAGCAUCCAGCCCUCCACUGGCUCUCCCCCAAGCAAACUGUGCUCCUCCCUUUAUAGAUGACAGCUGAGCUCUCCUAGCCCCCCGGGCUUCUCUGAAUAUCUGGCAGCUGGGCUCUCAUUAGCUUAACAGCCUCAGCUGGGUUCUUCAAGCCACCCUAAGGCUCAGGGCAUGAGCCCUGGGCUUAAAGGCCCAGUGCAGGGCAGGCACCCUGUCACAGCAGGAAAGACUUAAUUCAAGUGUGUGAGAGAGUUAGCAAAUACCUACAGACAGAAGAUCUAUAAUAGCGAGUGAAGUGAUGGAUUUAUCUGCUGACCUGGACAUCUCUAUUCAACCUCUUCUAAUUACUCUUAACUCACAACACACUGGACAAAAGACUACUGGGGACUCCAUGUACACAUAACUUUUUAUUUUUAAUAAAUUAAGUAGUACAGGCUCAGUCUUUACUCACAUAUACAGAACAGAAAACUCUGCUGGGCCUGACCAAGUAACAAGCUACACUUGCUGCCUGGGAAAGGGUUGCAUGCCUUCUCGUUUAACAGAACACUGAGAAGCCCUUAACGUGGAAGGUUGCUCCUAUGGACAGAAUGGUACUUCACAAUCACAAAUAUGACUAUAACAUAGGAUUGCAGGACAAGUCAAGAACCCAACUGCA